GGGGGCCGGGGUGACUCAGCCGCCGCUCGCCCCGCGGUCCGCGCGUCCGCCGGCCUCGCAGGCGGGGCGGAGAAAAUGGCGAUGCCCCCGGCCGCCGUGCCCCCCGCCCGGGCCCGGGAGCCGCCGGGGCCCCGCGCCGCCGCCGCCGCCGCCGCCGCGCCGCCGCUCGGCCUGCAGCAGCUGUCGGCGCUGCGGCCCGAGCCGGGAGAGGUCCCGCUGCACUCGCCCUGGACCUUCUGGCUCGACAGAUCCCUCCCUGGUGCCACAGCAGCUGAGUGUGCCUCGAACCUGAAGAAAAUCUACACGGUGCAGACAGUCCAGAUAUUCUGGAGUGUGUACAAUAAUAUCCCUCCUGUGACUAGCCUGCCUUUGAGAUGUAGUUAUCAUUUAAUGAGAGGAGAGAGGCGACCACUUUGGGAAGAGGAGAGUAAUGCCAAGGGCGGUGUCUGGAAGAUGAAAGUCCCCAAGGACAGCACGUCCACAGUUUGGAAAGAAUUGUUGUUAGCGACAAUCGGGGAACAGUUCACAGACUGUGCCGCUGCAGAUGAUGAAGUAAUAGGAGUCAGUGUCAGUGUCCGGGACCGGGAAGAUGUCGUCCAAGUCUGGAAUGUAAAUGCGUCUUUAGUGGGCGAAGCAACCGUUUUAGAAAAGAUCUAUGAACUUCUGCCCCACAUAUCUUUUAAAGCAGUAUUUUAUAAACAACCCGAAAGUUUGCAAGAGGAAGAGAGCGCGCGGAGAGCAAGCGGGCAAGGGGCAGCGGCAGCGGCGCCGGGGACCAUGGUGCUGCCGGCGCCUCCUCCGCGGGCGUGAAGGCGGCGCUCCCACUCCCUCCCCAGACUCUGCCGGUUUCCUGCCUGUGAAUUAGGGGUAGUAUUUUAAGGUAUGUUCUUUGACCUCCAUGAUCGAAUGGCACAGGUGCUGUGUUAUUACUCAGAUCCUUUAAGAUGUUCUUGUUGUUAUCAGGACACUGACUACAGUUCUUUGGGGGUGGGGGGGGGGAGGGAGGAUGUGGCAUGUGUUUUGAUUGUCCCAGAGCCUCCCCUGAGUUGGUGAUGCCUGAUCAGAGGUGUUGGCAGCCUCCUCUCCUGGGGACAGGUGAGCACAGGGAUGGAACACAGAUGCUCAUGUGUGAAGUGGGAGGAAGUUGCAUUUGGUCCUAAUUCAUCACGUCUCAAAGGGACCUGCCUCCAGGUCAUUGUGUGUGUUUGUAUGUGUGUCGGAGCAUUUAUUAAAAUAGAGCUUCUCGUAUUGGAAUUUGUGCUGACUGAUGUGAGAAUGCACUUGAAACGAACUUCCCCUGGUAAUUCUGAAGGCCACAAACCGGAGACCCGUGGACCGAGUGAUUUAUGCUGCUAGAGAUUCUGGAACUGAAGUCUUUAUCUCCAUUUGGAUUUUACUGAUUAAAUUUUUGUUUCAUUGUGAGGCCUGUAUUACUUUUAAUGUGUUUGGAUUUCGAUUAAGAAUCAAAACUGGUGUUCUUUAAGUAUGUACGAACAUUGGAAUCUCAGCGGAGCUUGGGUUGCAGACCGAGAUGUAGCUGCACUGUUCCUGGAUGUGCCGUAUCUGGGGUGGGACCAGGGUUUGCGUUUUUAAACAGCUCUCCACGUGAUUCUCAUACCCACCAAAGUUGGAGAACGGGUCUCCUCUGGGGACAAAAGCCAACAAUUCUUCUGAAGGCUUUACCUUAACUGUUUGGACCCCACAAAACCUGAGGGGUGUAAAAGGCUCCCUUUUCAGAGUCAAACACCAAAACCAACAUAGAUGCUCAGGGGAACAGAGGCAGAACAAGAGCACCAGAGUUCCACAAAGUGGUAGGAACGACCUGGAACAUCGGUGGUUUUCACCGAGGACCCGCCAUUUCCUUUUGCGUUAUGCCUUUUUCGCAUCCAUGUUUCCAAUGGCCCCUGUCACGUUGUAGCUACCAAUGAGUGUCAGAUGGCUUUCUGAAGUUUUUUUCUUGUGUGUAUUUCAUCUUAAUUUUAAAACCCAAACUGUUUCCUCAUUAGAGUAAUUGUGUUGGCACAAGUGUCUUGAUUUCCCCAGCCAUCUUGGGACAUCCUUUCUCAUUGUACGUGAUGGGGUCUUCAGGAAUAUUGAUGGAAGUACGUCAUCCAGUGAUGCCACGCAAAUCUAGCAGAAUCCUAAGAAGAAUGCAUCCUACGAGAUUAUGAGAUGAAGGAAGAUAAAAUGCUAAGAUAGAUUGUUUAAAUAUUCAGGGCUUCAGCUAAAGAUCUAACCACUAAGAUCAAAAGAGUUAUUUAAAUAAAAAUUGUACAGACAUUUUUUUUUGUUUUCUCUGUAUUAGUAACGGUGCCUUUUGACGUUACCCAGUAAAGUGUUUAUCUGAGAUGCCCUCCCCUAAAUUUAAAAAAAUUAAAAAAAAUACAAAAAGAUUGCGUUUGACUUUGGGUAUAGCUUGAUUUUAGUAGAUACCAAAAAGUUGGCAACUGUUUUUAUGUUUAGAACUUGACAGUUGCUUUUGCUCUAGGUUCAGGUGGCACUUGGAAUAUUGCUGUCGUACAAAGUUCUUUUAUUUCUGUUUAAUCCUGAAGUACUUAAAAAAAAAAAAAACACCUCUGGUGGGUCAAGUUUUUCAACUAGCUGUCUCUCCCCUUGAAUAAAGAAUUUCUAUAAAAGAUAAAAAAAAUGGAACUGAUAGAAAAAAUAGAAGGUGCCGUAGAAGGAUACACGUAGUGGUAUCACCACUGUCACUGGUCGAUGAGCUCUUCAGCGUGAUGUUAACUCCGCCUUGUUUGUGGAAAGGAUGUUAAUCAUUUCAUUAAGAAAGGUUAAAUAAUUAACUGAUUUAUCAUUAGGGAAUCAGUGACAGACCCUUUUUAGUGAUGCCUGGUAGAAAUUUUCUAAUACAGACUCUGCUGCAUUUAAUUAUCUGGAGAGAAGCUAGCUGGACCUUGAGAGGAUGGGCAUGGGGCGGCUCUAGAGAGUAUCGUUGUUUUGUGCGACUGUACACCAUUUUAGAGAAGCUAGUGUGCGGAAAUAGAAAACGGUUCAGUUUCGGAUUUUCCUUUAUGGCCUUCGUCAGGCAUGUUGUUGCAGACCUGCUGUUGUGCAUGCCUUCUCUGGGUUUAGGAAGGGUUCAACCGCUUAAAUAUGCUCGUGUUAUUUUCUAAAUAAUGGCUUUUGUGCAGUAUGAUGCAUGUUGACAGUAAAUGCACAGUCGUAACUUUGGUAAGCUUACAACAAAUUCUUAUACCUGUAGGAGCAAGCCAUCGUCCUUGCCACUGACUGGGGGGCUUCUCCUGUUUGUCUCUCGCUGUCUUAUGGCAACUGCUACACAAGGUUUAAAUAUUCCAGGAAGGGGGUGGGGGAUGGGAUGUGAGGGGGAAUAUAUUCCCCAUCUGGCAAAAAUUUACCCUUCUCUUAUACCCUUUUGUCCCCAGAUCAUACACAAGGUGUGUUUCCAGCUUAUUCUUCCUGUGCAUAUAUUCACAUCAACUCAAAAUUCAAAAGAUACUUCAAGAGAGGUCAGAUGUCUGUAUUCGUUUUUGUUUCUGUUAGGAAGCAGGGCAGUCACUUUGAGUGGAAAGAUCAUCUCUGUGUCAGAGAUGACUUUGCCAUAGCGGAGUACCGAGGUAGAACAAUUCUUGAGGGAAGCAGUGAGAGGCACUUUGGAAAAUACCGAAAAUGGGUUUUGUAUCGGGAUGCAGCAUUUAGUGUUGUAACAAGUGCCCGAUUGUGGAAUAAAAUGCGAUGUGAUGGCCUCAAGCACUUUGAUCUUUGAGUUGAGAAUAACUUCUGAUGAGAGAAAUCUGGCAGAUAUUUACAAAGCUCUUUGUCUUAAAACUGUGUGCUUACAUCUUUCCAUUUUUAUUAUGAAAUACACGACACCAAAAAGGUAUAAUUUAAAGGAUAAGUCAGUGAGCACCCAUGUACCUGCGGCUCAUGCUUAGAAAGAACACAUUUCUCAACCAGGUUGAAGAGGCUCUUGGCAUAUCUGCCCUAAUCCUACCUCUGUCCUUGUCGUCUGGAGGUGACCUCUGCUCUCAGCUGGCUGGUUUUCAUCCCCUGGAUUUCUUUAUGUCUUUAAUACAUAUGCAUCUAUUCCCCCAAAUAUAGAGUUUUCUUGUUCAUGUUCAAGAUUUAUCUUGAGGGGUUCUGCUGUGUGUGUGCUUUAGUAACUUGCUUUUUUGUUAUUGUUCAGUAGAGUUGGUGAAAUUCAUCCGUGUGGAUACAUGUAGCUGUAGUUUAUUCAUUCUCCCAUUUGAGCCUUUUGAAGUGCUGAAUAUUAUUCGAGACGAGUUCUUUACAUUUGGAUCCCAGCCGCAUUCUGCAGUAUUACAUGUUGAAAUUUAGGAUUAAUGUGAAACUAUCAGUCCUGACUCAGACUUCAUAAUUCGUUCAUUUACGACUGUUUUUUAUUUUUUAUUUUUUUUUGGGGGGGGGAGGCUUUAAAAUCAAUACCAGGGAAUUUGAUUUAAAAAAAAAAUAAUGUAUCAAGUGGUUGAUCUCUUACAUUUAAGGGAAAAAAAAAAAAAAAAAAAAAAAAACCAGGCGAGGCAUUCAUCUGAAGGAGCCUAGCCAUUUUCUCAUUCUUAUUUAAAGACUUGGCUUAGAACUUAACAGUUACAUAUGCAGGGUAGCAAGUUAAAAAGCGAUGUUUAAUUAACAGGCGCUUUAUACUUCUGUAUCCUUGUUAUGAUAUAGCACCUUGUUCUUCAGUGUAGAAAGUGAUUUCUGCAUAUUUUAAAGGACUGGCAUCUUUAUGGUAAGAAAGCCAUAUAAAUAAAGAUAUACUCAGAUGAAAAUCGGAACAUGUUUUUAAAAUAGUGUGUGUCUACUUUCAGCUCUGUUAUCAAACUUGCUGCAUAAGCCGGAGUUGAUGCUCUGUGAUUAUGCUAAUGACCAAAGGAAUCGAUGAUGCGCGACUAGAUGAAAUCAGUGAUCAGUGGUAGAACCAGAGAGAGUUAUCAGUUUUUUUGUCAUUAAAUAUUAGUGAUAAAUAAUACACUGUUCAUUUUGAGUAGCUAGAACAUAUUUAAUUCUGAUGUACAGAGUUUCGAUUUAGUCAGGCUUAUUGCUGAGUAAAAUGAUAAUCUUUUGUAAUUUGAGGGGAAAGAUAGAAGGCAUUUGUGUCAGCGUGGCUAAGUGAUUUGGGUCAUAGAAAUGUUUACCUAGACUGGCCAGGGAAGGUUGGAAAAACUUUUUCUUUCCUCCUAGACAACUUGGAUAUCUGUGCUGACGUUUUAUUAGGAAUAUCACAUACUCAAUAAACAGCAUAAGUGACCAGAGAUGUUAAACAAAAUGAGUCUAAAGGUAGAUUGUGUUUCCCUAAAGAGUAGAGGUAAAAUAUAACAAAGGGGAAUGUUUGGACAACGCUCUUUUUAGAGGCGGGUGUGUGUUAAACGGGGACCAUUAGAGUCAGUGUUACUAUUAAACAAUGGCUUUAAUUAAAAAAAAAAAUGUUUUUUUGAGUUUCUCAUAACAAAGUUAUACUUGGUAAUGGUUUAUUUAAAGAGAAGUAAUACUUGUAACAGAGCAUCUUUUUCUAGGUUCCUGAAAUCUUGUGGGAAAACAUUGACACUGCCUUCUUUGUUGCAAAGGGGUUUCUAAAGCCGUUCUCCCUCAAAGACAUUCCUUCCUGGGCAGAGUUGAGCAGGUGUCUUACUACUCUACAACAGUACCAAGGUGACAUGAGAGAAAACAAAGGAAUAAUUAGCUGCGGUUUAUAGGACAUAAAGAAAGAGUGAUUGAAGGCUAUAAAAGAAAGAAAUCAGAUCGAAGGCCGCUAUGAUGUUAUUUUGUAAAAACGCAUUGACGAAAUGAUCUCUUGAAAGCGACUCCCACCCUGGAUUGCGCCGACCGUCGUCUGCCAUUUUCCUGUCUGCUGUCCUGUCCGUCCACGUUGGCUCUUAUCAGCAGUACCAACUGCUCUUCGAGCAGCGGCCUUCCCUGUGGUAAGGCAGGCCAAUUGGGUCAAUUUUUGUGAUCUGGCAGAUGUCCACUGGGAGCUCAGAUCAGGCCAGGCUCAUUUUUAUGUGUGUCCAAAGCCAAGAUUUCAACUUGGUGAAAGGCUGUGGAAUUUAUUUCCCAAAGUGCUGCCCAAACUCUGUUCUUCUUUUCUUCAACUGCCUCCUUGGGCUGAGAUGAUUGCUUAAUACUCUUAAUUAUGCUGGAUCCCUCUGUGUUUUUGAACACCUGUGCGUAAUUCAGAUCAUGGGUGGUCACAGAGCCUGGCUCACUAAACAGCUUCUCUUUCAGAGUGGGAAAAUCCCAAGGAGCCUGACCAUGCACCGUGUGUCGGGGGGCUGAGAAGAGAUUUAAAGAGGAUGGAACGUUUCUCUUGAAUUUCCAUUUUGCCCUGUAAAAGGUCCUCAGUCUCACGUCGGGGAGAGUGUUAGGAUGAAUAUGUCAGAAAUGGCAUUUAAAAAAAACUCUUAUUCAUUGCUGGUGGGAAGGCCUAAUAGUUACAGCCACUUUGGAAGACAGUUUGAUGGUUUCUUAUAAAACUAAACAUACUCAGGGCACCUGAGUGGCCCAGGCAGUGAAGCGUCCAACUUUGGCUCAGGUCAUGAUUUCGAGGUUUGCGAGUUUGAGCCCCGUGUCGGGCUCUGUGCUGACAGCUCAGAGCUUGGAGCCUGCUUUGGAUUCCAUGUCUGUCUCUCCCUCUCUCAGCCCCUCCCCGUUUGCGUGCUCUCUCUCAAAAAUAAAUAAACGUUAAAAAAAAUUAAAACUAAACAUACUCUUUCCAUACUAUCUUGCCGUGGCCCUGCUUGGUGUUUACCCAAGGGAGUUGAAAACUUAUGUCCACAGAAAGCCCUGCACACAAAUGUUUAUAGCAGCUUUCUUCACGAUUGCCAAAAGUAGGAAGCAACUAAGAUAUCCUUCAGUAUGGGGACAGAUAAAUAACAACUGUGGUACAUCUAGACAAUGGAAUAUCGUUCAGCACUAAGAAAAAGUGAGCUGUAGGGGCACCUGGGUGACUCUUGAUCUUGUGUGUGUGUGACUCUUGAUCUUGGGGCCAUGGGUUCGAGCCCCACAUUGGGCGUAGAGAUUACUUAAAAGAAGAAAAAGUGAGCUGUCAAAUCAGAAAAAAAAAAAAAACAAAAACAUGGAGGAACCUUAAGGGCAUGUCACGGGGUGAAAGACAUUCUGCAAAAGGCGAAAUUGUAGAGACAGGAAAAAGAAUAGUGGUUGCCAGGGGUGGGAGAGAGAAGGAUAAAUAGAGCACAGAGGAUUCUUGGGGUGGUGAAAUAUUGUCUAUGACUCUAUAGUGGUGGAUACAUGUCAUCAUACAUUUGUCCAGACCUCCAGAAUGUACCACACCAGGAGUCAGCCAUGCUGUUGUAGUGUAAACUGUGGACUCUGGGUGGUUAUGACGUGUCAUUGCAGAUUUGUCAUUUGUAACCAGUGUCCCACUCUGGUGAGGGAUGCUGGCAGUUGGAGAGACCGUGCAUGUGUGGGGCCAGGAGGGUUAUGGGAGCUCUCUGUACCUUCCCCUUGAUUUUCCUCUAACCCUUAAACUGCUCUAAAAAAGUAAGUCUUAAAAAAAAUUCCCGGGUUGGGGUGCCUGGGUGGAUCCAUUGGUUGAGUGUCAGACUCUUGAUUUUGACUCAGGUGGUGAUCUCAUGGUUCAUGGGUGCGAGCCCCGUGUCAGGCUCUAUGCUGACAGUGUGGAGCCUACUUGGGAUUCUCUCUCUCCCCCUCACCCACUGGUGCACACUCUUUCUCCCUCUCUCCCCCCACUUCUCAAAAUAAAUAAACUUAAAAAAAUUCCUGCGUUGCAAGUGAUCCAUAACCCUUCUCCAUAUCCGUAUUCUAAAAUCUCUAUCUAGUUGUUUAUCUGCUUUACCUGUGCCAAAUGAGCAUCAGAGUUUCUUGUGAGGACAGUGAAGUAGGCUGGGGCCAAUUUGUUUUUGAGACAGCGUUUUAGUGUGGGAACUUCUUGGGCUGCCCUUAACCCCCCCGAGUGGGAUCCUGUGAGAGCUAUAGAGUCCUCAUUGAUGACCUGAUCUGAGCCACCCCUUGUCUGUCAGGAGACUGUGGUUCAUAGAGGGGACGUGACUCUUGUCCAGUGAGAUAGCCCCUUGGAUCAAAUCCUGCCUGGCCACCUGCAGUAAUCUCCCUAUCUACAUUUAUACACACGUUUAUGUAUAUGUGAUUGUGUGUAUCUAUUGUGUGUGUGUUUGUGUGUAUGUAUAUUUUAAAAAAACAUUACAGAUAAUACUGCACAUAUAUAUAUAUAUAUAUAUUUUUUUUUUUUUUACAAGGAUUUAUCCUACUCUGUAUCAAGAACAUUUUUUCUGUAUCAGUCUCUAUACGAUUGUUAGUAACUAUUUGCUCUCAGGUGUACACGCGUAUAUUUUCUUCCUCUGCAAAGAAACCCUUUGGGAAGAUAGCACUGUAAGGACCAUAUUGUCUCUUUGAUGUUUGUAGUGUACUUGGGAUCGAGGCUACAGUAGACGUCUGGAGCUGUAAGGUUAUAACAUACGUGUGUUAUACCAUCGUGUGUAUGUACUGAUGUGUGUUUGUGUUCAGGAGGUGUACAUUUUAUUGUGAAUAAAAUAGGAUAGGUUGCGGAUCUAGAACUGUGUUUCAGGUGAGUGGUUCAGAUCUCUACAAACCUUUGAGGUUAGAAUGCACCUGUCCCAUCACUCGUCCAUUUAACCCACUAGUGACAUCUGUGUCUUUGCCAUGGGGUUCUGACAUUCACACCGGGCACAUUUUGCUUUGGAGGUUGGAACAUGUGUUAGGAAUGAGGUGAAGAAAUUCUUGGUAUGUGCAUUAAAUAAUACAUUUUUGAGAAUCUAGGACAUCCCAGACAGGUCACAUAGAGUGUAAAUAGCCCAUGAAACAAGUUAUUUGUUAAAACAACAACAACAACAACAACAACAACAA